CACGCUUCCGCCAUCCUCAGGAUUCUUGUGCAGUCCUUGUAUUGUCUUUUUCAUCGCUCCUAAUAUUUCGCUCAGGACAUUCCACACGAACUGUUAGAAGCGUCAUAUCGUCCAAGUUUCGAGCAGAUAGUGUGAUCGGCAAUCUUUGAGUCAAAGGAAGCAGACUAGACUAAGAAAGAGUUAUUUGUCUACAGAAAGACACCAUGUCAGACAUGGACGCGGCCCUUCAUGCAGCGCGAGACAGGCAGUUGAAUGGUGGCACAUCAGGAAGCACCACGAAGCUUAACCCCACUCCAGACUCUGGAUCCCGGUACGAUAAGCCUAUCGUCGCCGCGCAACAGGACGGUCUACCAAUAAUCGACAUCUCAGCUUUCCUAGAUCCUUCAUCCUCGAAGGAUGCACGAUCUACGACUGCUAAAGCCAUUAGCGCCGCUUGCGUGAACUAUGGCUUCUUCUAUCUUACAGGGCAUGGCAUACCAACUACAAAGCUCGAUGAAGUCAUCAGCCUUGCACGCGACUUCUUCGCCUUACCAUUAGAAGAGAAGAACAAAAUCAAGCGCUUUGAUGCUGGUAGUCCGGAAGGAGGAGAUGGCGCACGGGGUUACCAGGGGCUCGGCGAAAACGUGACGGGCGGCCUACAAGACAUGCAAGAAGCCAUCGACUGGUACCGCGACUGGCCAGCAGAGAAGCGAGAGCCCGGAGACGGAGGACCAGGUAGCGUGAAGAGUCUCCAGGGCACCAAUCUAUGGCCUGAGCAACCGAAAGAGCUCAAGCCUGUAUACACAGACUACAUUGAGCAAGUCAAGAAAGUCGGCGAAGCCCUUGUCCACGCCAUGGGCGUAGCUCUAGACCUUGGGUCAUCUAAAUCAAACGCGACGCAAAGCACAGAAGACGAAGAACUUUUUGUGCGAAACUGCGACGAGUCCUUCUGGGUAAUGCGCAUGAUCGGUUAUCCUCCCUUGACGACCCCUCACACGCCUGGUAACGACAUCGAACAAUUCUCCUGCGGCGCCCAUACAGACUAUGGCUGCGUAACGCUCCUCCUCACGGAUCCUACGCCCGGCGCUCUCCAAGUCCAGCUCAAAGACGGGACUUGGCUCAAUGCCGAUCCUAUACCAGGAGCGUUUGUGGUGAACAUUGGGGAUAUGAUUGAGCGGUGGACGAACGGACUUUGGAAGAGCACGAUGCAUAGGGUCAUUCAUAGGGGACAGCAGUACAGGAUUAGCGUGCCGUUCUUCUAUGAGCCGAAUUUUGAUGCUGUGGUUCGGCCGUUGGAGAAGUGUGUGGAGGAGAGUGGGAAGAAGCUGAUACAUCAGGGGAGCACGUAUGGGGAACAUCUUUUGACCAAAGUGUUUAGCAAUUUCUACUACAGUAAGAGGACGGAUUGGUAAGAACGGGAGGAGAAUGACGUGGUGAGCAAGAGAAAUCUGUGUUUGCAAUUGUAUUCUCACCUUCACUCGCGGUUUUGGGGUCACGCUCACCUCUGAAUCAGAGAUCUCACGCUCCACAUAAUUCGUCUUCCAGCGUGCUACUUCGUGCUUCCUUAUCCAACCCUCUACCCGUAUCUACAUUCACAUACCACACAAACAUACAACUGCCUCCACAA